AUGCUCGAUGUCAUCUCGGCGGCAACUUCAGAAUAUCAUGAUACUUCAAUUGCGAUACUGAUAGCAGUACGCUUCCAUGAAUGUAACGAAGGUGAUGCAGUCGAUGCAGAUAAGGUUAAUAUGAAACGUUGCUGUUGGUUUGUACUCUUCGUAGCGUUCUACGGAGAAAAUUUAUAUACUAUAGUCAGAGUGAGAGAGGGGUUCAAUACCACUCGUGGAUUACCGAAAGUGAAGAUCAGUUGUGGUGAACGACUAUCGGAUCAGAUCUAUCUAGAUUUGAUUGGUGGAAGGUAUAGCUGCUUUCGAUUGUUGAAUGGAACACAUGAAAUUGGCUGCGGUUCUGCAGAAGAGGGAAACGAAGGUGUCGUCGUUUAUGCAAAUAAUGCUGAUGAGUUGAUUAAUCUUUUAGCAGAUUUUGAUUUCACAGAUCGCAUUAUCACGGCUUUUGACAUAUUUCUUUUAAAUGAGAGAAUAAUCAGAGUAUUGAACGACGACAGGGUACAUGGUGUGCUUCUCUUACGCAAUGAUUCUGCUGCCAUCAUUGACCAGAAGCGACUGAAUAUUGGAUUUUCAGAAGAUGCCUUUUGCCCUAAUGAGCAGUUUGAUCUCAGUGAGGAGUGUAAAAAUCGGUGGAAUGAGCGUGGUGCAUUGCUGCCAGCAGGUUUUCGAUUCAUUAAUUGGAAGAAACCAAUUUUUGUCAUUGAGAAUCUCACCGAAAUUGACAUCAUCAGAAACUUUUGCUAUGAGGCAUUCAAUAGAAGGAAUUUGAAAGGAACUGUACUUUGUUCAGCACGUAUGAAACAUUUCAUGCGGGCAGCAGGCAAUGCUGAAAUAUGUCUUCAACGUCAGAAACUGUUCUACGGCUUUUCGGAUUCAUCGUUAGUGCUCAGAAAAAUGGAUUCCUUCAGUUCGUUCACAGAAGCAGCGGUUGGCGAGGUAUCUGCUAUUACAUCACUCAUUAGCCUUCUGGCGGUUGCUAAAACGAUUGCAAAACAUUCCAGUGAUUUUGAAGCUGUCGCAGAGCGCAAUGAACGGGCCGUUAUUUUUGCCUUCUUUCACGGUGAAUCAUUGGGUUAUAUUGGAAGUAGUGCCACAAUGAAUGACAUUAUAAAAGGCGAAUUUCCUCUAGAUAUCCGGCUAACAGACAUCGAUAGUUUUAUUGAGGUGCAGCAGCUUGAUGGUUCAGAACCAACGUUUUUUGCUCACAUCGAUUCGAAAGUUUACGAUACUCCCGCAAGCAAAUUGAAAGUGCAAAUUUUGCUAGAUGCAGCCUGGUCGUCUCUUAAGCAAAGAGAGUCCAGAAAUGGUGAGGAUGGAAGAGGUAGUAAAAUAAAUAUCGAGAAGAAGGUUCCACUACCACCUUCUUCUUAUCAAUCAUUUUUGAAAGGAAAACGUGACAUAGCUGGUUUUGUUCUCCGACCUUUCGGUCAGCAGUAUAUUUACAACCGAAUAAAUUCGUUAGAGGAUCAAAAUAUAUUCAAAAAUGGAACUGCUAAACUGAGAAAUCAAAUUAUUGCUGCUGCAAGUGCUGUUAUAGGAGCUGUAGCAGGAUUCCUCACUGGUGGUAAUGAAACAGAAACUGAUUUAUUCAAUCAGUAUGAUAUAGACGAACCAUAUGUAUCUGUUCUUCUUGAUUGUUUUUUGAAAUAUCCGGAUUGGCAUACUUGUAACUUCUUCAAAAAUAUCACGAAAGGCGACAAUCGAUUCGAACAUUACUACUUUGCAGCGAAAGAUACAUAUAUCUCGGUAGGAAGAAACAAUUACUCUUUAAUUCGUAUUCUGAUGACUAUAUUAAUUGUUAAUGUUCUUGGGUCCAAGAAUGCCGUUAAUGUACCUGAUCGUGAUCAGUGUGAGGAUUUGAAUAAGCACCAAGAGAUUUAUCAUUAUACUUGGCAAUAUGAUCCAGAAGAUGAAAAAUUUACAUGUUAUCGUAAUUCGCUAUAUAUAACAACUGCGGAAUCUCCAGCGUUCAAAUUAGACGGUAUUUCAGAGUACAAAUUUUACUCUAUAGGAUAUGAUAUGCGUUCAGGAGUUUAUUCAACUUGGGUAGAAAGUGUUUGGACAACGAAACAGUUGGAACUUUUCCUAACUAUACAUCCAUAUCUAACGCGUGAUGUCACUGUGUUUCUGUCCGGAUUCAUUUUCUUCAUCAUUUCACUCAUCGUAAUGGAACUGAUUUAUUUAGGAAAUAAAGAAGGCAUCGACCCAGUAACAUCCAUACUGGACUCCGACUAUAAUCCCUCCCUACUUUAG